UAAUUUCGCCCGCAUACCAAACUAUACUAUCCAAAAUGUCUUCCCGACCAAAGAACAUUCGCCCCCUCAAACGCUAUAUAACCACUCACGAUGUCUCCGGCAAGGCAAUCUUCUCCAGCGCCCUGUCCGAGGAAAUGCCCGUAACCACCAUCCCGGAUGGUGCCGACUUCAGCCUCGCGUACACCUCCUCGCACUUCCCCGCCAAGCUCAACGACGAGGCCGACAUUCACGAGUACGCGAAAUAUCUUUCGAAGCCGCCUGGCCUCGUUAUCAGGACAGGCUCCGUGUGCCGGAUCGUGGAUAUGCACCCUGGGGCGACGAGCCCGAUGCACCGCACUGUGAGCCUGGACUAUGGGGUUGUGCUGGAGGGGGAGGUCGAGCUUGUCCUGGACUCCGGGGAGACGAGGCUGCUGAAGAGGGGGGAUACGGAGUGGGCGCGGAUGCUGUAUGUGCUUAUUCCGGCUGAGGAGAUCGAGAUUGGGGGGAAGAAGCUGGGGGAGGAGUUGGGACACAUGGGGGUUCGGCCUAGUGCUUAA